AUGUUACCAAUCCCCUCUUCCUCGCAGCAUUCCAAGAUGUUGUCACCGCUGUCGUCAAAAGGCACUUCUCCAAGUCCAGCUGCAGGAUCUAACACAGCAGACUCCGAGUCUAUCGAUUCAUCAUCACAACCUUCCCUUUCGAAAAGCUCCCGGGGCAUAUUUACACCAUCUCGAACACCAAGUUUCACUUUAUCCAGCCUAGCUACAAACGGCUCUUAUUCCAAUCAAACCUUGACAACCAUGGACCCGGUUUCCGAAUCAUCUACAGCAGCCGCAAGUUCAGGUGUUCCUGAUACCUUACAAUUAACGGUUACGAGAAAUGACGAGUCCAAUAAACUCAAGGAAAAUAUGGAUCUUGAUGAACCUCAUCAAGUCAAAGCAUCACACUCAGCAAAGAACGCUAUCUCAAACACCAAGUCCAAGAAACGAGAGUCGGACAAUGAUGAAUCUCACCAAGCCGGAACCUCGCACUCGGCAAAGAAACUCAAAAAGAAUGCCGGUCAAUUCAACGACGGUUUGGAUGGGAAUAAAAUCAUUCCGGAUGCCGACGACUUAAGUGGAAUGAGAAUGACCCGCGCAAGGAAACGUUCUGCCGAGAAGAAGAUUGAAACAACCAACAACACCGCCAACGAAAGUCUUACAGCCCAACCCUCGAACGCUGAAGCCAACGACGCCGCUGCGAGCCAAAAUAAUACAGGAAUAACCUCGGGGGGUCAGAGAAAUGCGGCCAAUAUGGGGCAUCUAACAGAUGCACAGGGACGUGACUACAGUGUUGAAUUCAAACCUGAGCCAUAUAGAUCUCAUAAAGUCUAUACCUUGGUUAGACCAGCAAAUAAGAAGACUUUGUCUUUUAGGGGCACUAAGCCUAAGGUUCCAGUUGACGAUGCUCAGUACAUAUGGUUGCAGAGCCAACCAAAAGAUGUCAGAGACAAAGCCGAAAAUAUGGAUCGGGAAGGAACUAGCGACCUAAUUGGAACUUUUUUGGAAAAAACGCGCAAAACUCUGCCCAAUGGGGAUAGGAUUGAGGAUAGUUUGCCUGUCCACUAUACGUCUCAAUUCAUCAAAGACCACCACGCUCCCAUCUCUGAAGACGGGCGAAAGCAAAAGGGGAAGAGCCAGACUUUCAAAUUCAAAACUUAUUUUCCUGCUUCAGCUCUUAUUGAGACUUGUCCCUACUUGAAUGUGGAGUUCAUCGAGACUGAGCUUGAGACAAAGUCAGAGGAGAGUUUUGCGUUGAAGGCUAAGAUACAGGAAGCUAUUAAGAUUCAGAAGACCAAAAAUGUAGAGGCAGCAAAGGCGGCAAGAGCAGCUAAGGCGGCAGAGGCGGUAGCUAGGGGACGUCCUGUUGCUUCAUCUCGCGCUUCUCCAGCCGAUUAUAUUCGUGUAGGACUAGAGUGUGAGAUGAUAUUGGACAACUAA